ACAUGGCGGCCUUUCCACCACUUGCUCAGGUUGCAGGCAGUCAUGGUGGCAUAUAUGAGGCCUACUAUUUACAGGCCGACCCUAAAGGUACUGGCAGUAUAGGGGCACUUGAUGCUGCUACUUUUCUGAAAAAGUCAAAACUCAGUGAUGCUAUCUUAUCAAAGGUUUGGGAUCUUUCUGAUCCAACUGGCAAGGGUUACUUGGAAAAACCUGGGUUCUUCAUAGCCCUAAAAUAUAUUUCAAUGGCACAGAAUGGUCAAGAACUAAACAGUGCAAUGCUGACAUCAGAAUUACCACCACCAAAUUUAGGUCCUGUUGAAGUAGCUCCAGUGAAUCCAGCUCUUGUUGCAGAUGUUCCUUGGGAUGUUACGCCAUCAGAAAAAGCCAAGUAUGACCAUGUGUUUGAAACUCUACAACCAGUCAAUGGUCUUCUUUCUGGAGACAAAGUCAAACCGGUAUUGCUCAAUUCAAAAUUGCCAACAGAUGUGCUUGGCAAGAUCUGGGAUCUAAGUGAUAUCAAUAAAGAUGGCUAUUUGGAUAAAGAUGAAUUUGCUGUGACGAUGCAUCUUGUAUAUAGAAUACGAGAAAAUGACCCUGUGCCAAAUGUAUUACCUCUUAAAAUGAUUCCCCCAUCCAAGCGGCCAAAGGCUCCAGUGGCUGGUGGCGUACCUGGUACAGCGACCGGAGCUCCGGUAUUACCUGGAGCGGUCCCCGUCCUGCCUGCAUUUCCAGCAACAGUCCCCGUCCUGCCCGGAGUGGCAGGUCUUGAUACCAGUGGUACAUUAACACCGCCCACUAGCAAACCAGAGGGAUCUGCUAAGCCGUGGGUGGUGACGGCUGCUGAAAAAGCCAAUUCUGACGCGAUGUUUCUAAGACUGGAUACGGAUAUGGACGGCCUUGUCAGUGGGGCAGAAGUGAGAAAUGUCUUCGUACAAAGCGGUUUACCCAAUCCACUUUUAGCACAUAUCUGGUCGCUCUGUGAUAUGAACAGCACUGGCAAGCUGAACAGUGACCUGUUUGCUCUAGCAAUGUAUCUAGUUCAACAGAAACUCAAGGGGGUCGACCCCCCGGGCGCUCUUACUCCGGAGAUGAUACCACCGAGCAUGAGGCCAAAGUCUACUGCCGAUACAGCUACUUUUGGGGUCAAGGAAGGUGCAAAUGCUGGUCCAUAUGGUGGUGCUGCUGACUUUUCGGCUAUCAAAGAACUUGAUUCUAUCAGCAAAGAAAUAGAAGAUAUUAAGAAAGAGAAGAUGCAGUUGGAACGGGACAAGCAGCAGCGUGAGGCGGACAUCAAGAUCCGUCAGGGUGAGGUGCAGAUGUUGCAGAAGGAGCUGGACGCGAUGACGGCCACGCUGCACCAGCUGGAGAACCAGAAGAAGGAAGCCCAGAAACGGCUCGACGAGCUAGACGAUAAGAAAAAGAAUUUGGAAUCCAGUGUUAAAGAACUCCGAGAAAAGUGUGAAAAGGAACAAGCUGAAAUUGAUGCUAUGAGGAUGCAGCUGAGUAAUCGGGCAAAGUCCGCUGAGGAUCAAGAGGCAGAAAUGAACUCUCUGUCGGAGGAACUGGGCAAGCUACGAGAAGAGGAAUCCUCUUUAGAACAGAAGGUGGAAAGUGGUAAACAGCAGCUUGAGUUGCUGAUCAAAUCUCAGAGAGACGUCAUGCUACAGGUAAACCAGACGAAAACUCGAACUCAGCAUUUACGAGACCAGCACCGGGCACUAACUCAGAGCAUAGCUGGAUACUCUCCAUCCCCUCAGCUGAAUGGGGACUUUUCUUCAGAUACCGAUCAGUUUAGCUCCAGGGCCACUGCUGGAAGUAGCCCAGUGAGCAACGUCAGUGGCUUGAGCGGGGCGUCUGUCCUCGACGACUUCAAGGAGGACCCCUUCAAAGGGAAGGAUCCGUUCAGCAAUAUGGGGGAGAAUUUCUCACAGGCUGAUCCAUUCCAGAAUGAAGACCCUUUUAAAGACAGCGACCCAUUUAAAUCUUCUGAUGGUUUCUCUGCGGAUCCAUUUGCUGCUGAAGAUCCUUUUAAAGAUGCUUUUGGGACAUCAGCAGUAGGCAAUAAACCUGAUCCAUUUGGAAACCAAGAUCCAUUUGCAAAUGCUUUUUCAUCAACUGCUGGUUCUGAUAAAAAGUCUGGUGACGGCUUUGAUGCCUUCGGUUUUUCAAGUACAAAAGAGAAAACUGGAGACAAUUUUUUCGCCGGUGAUCCAUUUGCUCCGAAGCCUUCAACAAUGUCCGAGUCUCCCAAACCAGCUCUUCCGCCGAAACAAAAACGUCAGCCUCCCCCUCGACCGGCCCCUCCCAAGUCAAAGAGUCCGGCCAAUGUAGGGGGUGGGCCAAAACCAAAGGUAGACCCCUUUUGGGGUUUGGGCAACGAUCCUUUUGCAGGGAAAGACACUUCAGGGGAUUCAGGUGGAGAUCCGUUUGCCAAUUUUGCAGAUUUCAGCCCUGGAAAAUUUUCUGCUGAGGAUGCAUGGGAGAAUGAGACGGCAGAGAACCGGACGAUACAAAUAAAAGGACCGCCCCCAAUGGCAGUGGGUGGCACGAUGUCGCUCGACAAAACGGGACGUGAAGAUAAUUCUGAGACGGAUGUGUGAAUGAUGAUGAUGAUGAUGAUGGGUGAUAAUGUAGAGAAUGAAAGAAGUGUGUUUGGUCAGUAUUAUGUGUAUUAAUCUAUUGAUAUGUGUCUGCUAGAUGUGCUGGUGAGUUUAUUGUUGUGCCAGAUUUUACACACGAUUUAUGCUAGUUGCUGGUAGGAGACACAGUAAUUCCACUGAUGUGAAGCCAUUAUUUAUAGACUGUUUUUCAGAGACAUUUUUCAGGGUUUAAAUUUUUGUAGUAAGUUCCAAGACUCACACUAGAAAGAAUUUUAGUUUAGCCAAUUUUCAGACAUGUAGAGUAUUUCCUUGAAAAUUAUUCAAUAUAUUUUAUUAGCCACUUUAUUACAAACAUUAGCAAAUGGCUAAUUUGGCAAUGCAUAGGGUAAGUCCUGAAGUUGAAAUGUCAAUAACAUGACAAGACAAGACUAUAUUUCAUUUAUUCAGACAACAUAUGAAUAUCGGUAAUACAAAUAUUAGGAGAAGAGUAAAGUUAAAUUAUGUCAGCUACAUGGAUUAAUAAAAUAGAAAGAAACAAAAAACGUAAAUUUUUAUUUCCAGCAUUGAUUAUUUUGUUCAUUGGUAUUGUAAAGAUAGGUUUGAAAAUAAAUAUCUGUGAGCAAGUAAUAUUUAUACAAUUGUUAAUUAUUACAUUAAAAUAUUAAUAAUGGAAUGAUAGAGCGUGAUGUACCAGGAAUAUAUUGCAUGCCAGCAUGUAAACUCUUGCAUGUAAUUACUAACUUAAAUUUGAAUGGAAUUUGCAUUGUUAAAAUUUUAUUCAAUAUAAUAAUUAAAUCAUGCUUAAGAAGAAUCGAUAACUAACACUAAAUAUGCCCUUUAUGCAUGAUUUGGAAAUAUGGAACCUGCAUCUAUAUGGAACUGCAUGUGUGGAUUAAAAGUAUUAACAUGCAUUACUAUGUAAAGCAUUUUAAAAAAUAUAGUUUCUGUGUUUGUACAUGUAUGGUGAAAAAUAUAUAACUGAGCUAUCCCAGAAAUGGCUAAAAUGUAAAUAUGACUUGUUUUUACAUUGGAAUAUUUUGUUGAAUUAACAAGAACCUGACAAAACCAAACUUCACCGAUGAGGAAAAGACAAGUAGACAUAAUUUUUUUAUAUAUAUAUACAUAAGGAGAUUUUGCACUGUAGCACAAUAUUAAAUGAUGUGUAAUAUUAAAUAGACUUAAAUACCGUAUUGUUCCUAUUUGUAGCGCCCGGGCGCGAUGCAAAACACAAAGGGGGCGUGCUAAUUAGAGUACUAGAACACGUUUCGUAAUGCGUGUGAAAAAUCCUCGUAUCAAACUGUCAAUGCGUCUGGCUCGCUGAGACAUCAAAAGCUUUGCCGCCGAGUCACUCCACCAGUGACGUUUUCUUGUUGAAAUGACAUAGCGUACCAUACAUCGUCAGCUGAUUUAUCGAAAUACAUGGUACUGUGCACGUAGGCAUAUAGGGCCUGCGGAGUGUAUUUGAAAGUGGGGUGGGGGAGGAGUGUGUGAUUGAGACCCCUCAUACUCGCCCACUUCAUUUUGUCACCCAGUUAAAGUUAUCAUUUACCUGUUUUUUAAAUGGUGUUACGGUGUCUGUGUAAAUACCUACCGGUAUGUUUGUACUUCCGGUUUUGAACAGUGUUAACGGAGUGUCGUGUGUACAUUCUGCGUGGACUGGCCUCGGUGGCGUCGUGGUAGGCCAUCGGUCUACAGGCUGGUAGGUACUGGGUUCGGAUCCCAGUCGAGGCAUGGGAUUUUAAAAUCAGAUACCGACUUCAAACCCUGAGUGAG